UGUGUGUGUGUGUGUGUGUGUGUGUGUGUGUGUGUGUGUCUGUGUGUGUGUGUGUGUGUGUGUGUGUGUGUGUGUGUGUAUCAACGUGCACACAGACUUCCUUCCUCGUUUUAAAUAAAAACCUUUCUGGUAACUAAGAAUGUCCGCAACAAACGCCCCGAUCCCUGGCAGUCUGUAUCCACGGCCGCUGUAUUCACGGUCUGCAUCCAACACCAGCCCUGUCAGUGUGUCCACAUGUGUUUCCUUUGUGGGCUCCACAUACGCUCCCUUUAUUCACUGGGACUGGUUCUCUCUGUGCAACUCCCCCCGGCCCAACACAAUCACACAGGCCUUUGUCCUCCGGUCCUCUCUCUGAGCUGGGGGCAGUGUUGGCAAGGCGGCCAGCACACUGUGUCUGAAAGGAAUUCAACCAGUGUGUGUGUGUGUGUGUGUGUGUGUGUGUGUGUGAGUGUUGGCCCUCAUGAACACAGGCUGGCCCCGCUGCCCUGGUUCGGGGGCUUCAAGGGCAGACCACGGAGUCCCGGGAUUCCUCUCCGGGCUCCUGGCUCCUGGCUCCUCUUGGGCACAUGCCUGGAGCGCCAGCCAAGCGGGUCCAAUCAGCAGUAUCCUGGUGAAUAAGUUUGGCAGCCGACCAAUCAUCAUGCUGGGCGGGUGUCUGGCGGGGGCGGGGCUGAUCUCCGCCUCCUUCUGCAACACAGUGGGCCAGCUCUACUUCUUCAUCGGCGUGAUCGGAGGCUUGGGCCUGGCCUUCAACCUGAACCCGGCCCUCACUAUGAUCGGGAAGUACUUCUUCAAGCGGCGGCCCAUCGCCAACGGCAUCGCCAUGGCGGGCAGCCCGGUCUUCCUGUCCACCCUGGCCCCCCUCAACUCCUGGCUCUUCGACCAGUUCGGCUGGAGGGGCAGCUUCCUGAUCCUCGGGGGGCUCCUGUUCAACUGCUGCGUGGCGGGCUCCCUGAUGCGGCCCCUGGGACCCCCCCUGCCGCCCCCGCCCAGCCCAGAGCCGCUGCCGGGCAAGGAGGGGCAGGCGGCGCCGAAGAAGACGGUGCUGCAGACGGUCAACUCCUUCAUCGACCUCACCCUGUUCCAGCACCGCGGCUUCCUGCUCUACCUCAUGGGCAACGUGGUGAUGUUCUUCGGCCUGUUCGCGCCCCUCGUCUUCCUCUCCAACUUCGCCAAGAGCAAGGACAUCAGCAAGGAGCGCGCGGCCUUCCUGCUGUCGGUGCUGGCCUUCGUGGACAUGUUCGCGAGGCCCUCCAUGGGGCUGCUGGCCAACACGCGCUGGGUGCGGCCCAGGAUCCAGUACUUCUUUGCGGCGGCGGUGCUCCUCAACGGGAUUUGCCACCUGCUGGCGCCGCUGUCCGUCGACUACACCGGCUUCGUGGUGUACGCCAUCUUCUUCGGCUUUGCGUUCGGCUGGCUGAGCUCGGUGCUGUUCGAGACCCUGAUGGACCUGGUGGGCGCCCAGCGCUUCUCCUCCGCCGUGGGCCUGGUCACCAUCGUUGAGUGUGGCCCCGUGCUGCUCGGACCACCGCUCACAGGCAGCUUCUACAACUACUACCAGUCCUACGACUACACCUACAUCACGUCGGGGGCCAUCCUGGUGGUGGCCAGCGUGUUCCUCUUCCUGGGCAUGGGCCUCAACUACCACCUGCUGGCCAAGGAGAAGAGGCAGGAGGAGAGGGAGGCCCGCGACCAGCCCCCGGAGGAGCGCACCGCCAUGCUGGCCCCGCCCGCGGGCCCCCAGGAGGACCCCCAGGAGGACCCCCAGGAGAGCGACGCACCUCCGGCCGUCUCUCUGGACGAAGUGGCCAGGGUGGACGAGGACACUGUGCUAUGAGCACACACACACACACACACACACACACACACACACACACACACACACACACACACACACACACACACACACACACACACACACUCACACACACAC